AAUUUGAUAACUCGAUCGAAAACAAUGCUGAACCCACAUGUUCAUCAAUCACAUUUUGCUCCAAGCUGCCUCUUAUCAGCAUUUCCACUCCAUUCCAACUUCAUCCAUGGCAACAACCAUGCCCCAUUUUCAGGCCGCUCAAGGACAUCAUUCAACCUCAUAAAAACACCCAACAAUAAAAAUGUUUGUCGACGACUUGCUGGCACCAACAACAUCAAAGCCACAGCAACUUUUCUCGAGACAUAUGUUUAUGCAGCCCCUUAUACUAAUACUGAUACUAUCACAGCGACUGUGACUGUCACACAGCCUCUCAGUUUCCGUUCAACCCUAAAAGAUGAGUUUGUCGACGCCACCGGUAAACCAAUCCUCUUGGAGCUUGUCAGUGCCGAGGUUGAUCCACAGACGGGAGAAAAAAAACCAACAAUUAAGCAAUACGCACAUCGGAAGAACAUGUUUGGUUUGGAUGUGAAGUAUGAAUGUGAGUUUGAAGUUCCAAGAGAUUUUGGAGAGGUUGGAGCUAUUCUUGUGGAGAAUGAAUAUCCCAUAGAAUUCUAUCUCCACAAAAUAGUCCUUGGCUUCAAAGAUGACAACCCUAAGAAAGUCAACUUUACUUGUAAGUCAUGGAUUCAGCCCCAUCAAGAGAGGAGGUUCUUCACAGACAAGUCAUACUUGCCAUCACAGACCCCGAGUGGGUUGAAGAGGCUGAGAACCGUAGAGCUUGAGGACUUGCAGGGUGAUGGCGAAGGAGAGCGCAAGACCGGAGAUAGGGUUUAUGAUUACGACGUCUACAAUGACCUCGGCAACCCUGAUGAGAGUAAAGACUUAAAAAGGCCAGUAUUGGGUGGCAAGGAACUCCCUUACCCUAGGCGUUGCAGGACAGGUCGCCCUCCCUGUAAUACAGAUCCGUCCUUCGAGGCAAAGGGUAGUGGCACCUUCUACGUCCCUCGUGAUGAAGAAUUUGGAUCUCUAAAGCAAGAAAUUUAUACUAAGGGCAAAAUUUUUGGAUUAUUAUUUCAUAAUUUUUGGCCGUCAGUAGAAUCUUGGUUUGAGAGUUAUGAUGCAUUCCCAUUCUUCUCGGAUAUUGGUAAACUGUUUGGUGAAGGAACACACCUGCCUUCCAUUGGAGAUCAAGAGUUUUGGAUCACCUACUUUCACAAGAUUUUCAGGGCUAUUAUUGAAAAAACUGAUGCACUUUGGCGUUUUGAGAUGCCUAAAACUAUGCUAAAGGAUGAAUUCUUUUGGUUGAGGGAUGAGGAAUUUGCUCGGCAAACUCUUGCUGGUCUCAAUCCAUUGAGCAUAAAGCUGGUCAAGGAGUGGCCCCUGAAGAGUGAACUUGAUCCUCAUAUCUAUGGUCCGCCUGAAUCAGCUAUCACCACAGAGCUAGUAGAGCGAGAAAUCAACGGGAUUAUGACUUUUGACGAGGCAUUACAUCAAAAGAAGCUAUUCAUUAUUGAUUACCAUGACAUGCUAUUACCAUAUGUGUUCAAAGUAAGAGAAAUAGAAGGCAUGACACUGUAUGGUUCGAGAGCACUAUUCUUCCUUGCUCCAGAUGGUAUAUUGAAGCCACUAGCUAUCGAGCUGGUACGUCCACCGAUGGAUGGCAAGCCACAGUGGAAGCAAGCUUUCACCCCUUCUAGGCAGUCUACAAGUUGCUGGCUUUGGAGGCUUGCCAAAGCUCAUUUUGUUGCUCACGAUGCCGGUUAUCACCAACUCGUUAGCCACUGGCUAAGAACACAUUGUGCAGCAGAACCCUAUGUAAUUGCAACCAAUCGGCGACUGAGCGUGAUGCACCCUAUCUAUAGACUAUUACGUCCACAUCUCCGGUACACAAUGGAGAUCAAUGCUCAAGCACGCCAAUCACUAGUCAGUGCAGGUGGAUUCAUUGAGGGCUUAUUCUCACCCAACAAGUACUCUUUGGAGAUUAGUGCUGUUGCAUAUGACAAGCAAUGGCGCUUUGACUGUGAGGCCUUACCCAAAGACCUAAUUACAAGGGGACUAGCUGAGGAGGAUAAAACUGCUCCACAUGGUCUGAAGCUAACAAUAGAAGACUAUCCUUAUGCCAACGAUGGUUUACUCAUAUGGGAUGCCCUCAAACAAUGGGUCAGUGACUAUGUCAAUCACUACUAUCCAGACCCAAGCUUCAUAGAGUCUGACACAGAGAUCCAGGAAUGGUGGACUGAAAUUCGUACUGUGGGCCAUGGAGACAAAAAAGAUGAACCAUGGUGGCCUGAACUCAAGACACCGGAAGACCUAAUUGAAAUCAUCACUACUAUGGUGUGGGUUACCUCUGGUCACCAUGCAGCGGUAAACUUUGGUCAAUAUGCUUAUGGGGCCUAUUUCCCAAAUAGACCUACCAUCGCUAGAAUCAACAUGCCGAAUGAAGACCCAAGUAAUGGAGAGUGGAAAGAUUUCUUGGAGAGACCUGAAGCACAUCUUUUGAAGACCUUCCCUAAACAAUCACAAGCAACAAAGUUGAUAGCCAUUUUGGAUGUUCUGUCCUGUCACUCCCCAGAUGAGGAGUAUCUUGGCAAGUCCAUGGAGGCAUCGUGGGAGGAGGAUGAUGUUAUAGCGGCAGCUUUUAAGAAGUUUAGCCAGCGGAUAGAGCAGAUUGAGGGGAUUAUUGAUAAGAGGAAUGCUAACAAUAAUUUAAACCACAGAUAUGGAGCUGGCGUCCUACCAUAUGAGCUGCUGAAGCCAUUCUCCAAUCCAGGAGUGACAGGGAAGGGAGUGCCAAACAGUAUCUCUAUCUGAGAUUGAGAAAAAUCUUGGUCGCUUACAUACUUCGUUGAUCAUCCGCUGAAUGAGAGUUUAAGAUGAAUAAUUCUAGCACUUGAAAUAAAUUUCUAUCAGAAUAUUGAUUAUCGCUAUUAAUAAAUAAAUAAUUUACGUUAUAUUCUCUUUUUUUA